AUGCUGGUGGUCAGUGGCCCUGACGCCUUGUUCUGCCUUCUCCUCCUGCUGCUCCUGGGCUCCCACAAUCCUGUGGGGGCCAGUCCUCCCCAGAGAAGGUUUGAGUACAAGCUCAGCUUCAAAGGACCAAGACUGGCGUUGCCUGGGGCUGGAAUACCCUUCUGGAGUCACCAUGGAGACGCCAUCCCGGGCCUGGAAGCGGUGCGGCUGGCCCCAUCCAUGCAGAACCGCAGUGGCGCCGUGUGGAGCAGGGACCCUGUCCUCUUCUCCGCCUGGGAGGUGGACAUGCAGAUGAGGGUGACUGGGCCAGGGCGGCGGGGAGCCAAGGGCAUGGCCAUGUGGUACACCCGGGGCAGGGGCCAAGUAGGCUCUGUCCUGGAGGGGCCGGCCUCGUGGGAUGGCAUCGGGAUCCUCUUCGACUCCUCCAGCGAGGACACCCAGAACAGCCCCACCAUCCGUGUGCUGGCCAGUGAUGGGCACAUUCACUACGAGCCACGUGGGGAUGGAGCCAGCAGGGUGCUGGGCUCCUGCCACCGAGACUUCCGCAACCUGCCGACCCCCCUCAGAGUGCGGAUCACCUACUGGGGUCAGAGGCUGCGCGUGUCCUUGAACCGUGGCCUCACUCCCGACAACUUAGAUGAGGUCUGUGUCGACGUGGGUCCCCUGCUUUUGGCUCCUGGAGGUUUCUUUGGGGUCUCGGCAGCCACUGGCACCCUGGCAGAUGACCAUGACAUCCUGUCUUUCCUGACCUUCAGUCUGAAUGAGCCGGAUCCAAAGCCUUCCCCACCGCCCUUUCUGGAGAUGGAGCAGCUCCGGCUGCUGAAGCAGCUGGAAGGGCUUCGGGCAAGGCUGGCCCUAGGCACCAGGGAGGAUGUGAUUCCAAAGCUGAGCUCCGAGGUCCAGGAAGAGGGGGAAAGGAUCCUUGGCCUGGAAGAGACGCUGGGCAGAUACAACCAGAUCCUGCAGGCUCUCCAGGGUCUCUCCAGACAGUUGACCCAGGCUGAGAAGCAAUGGAGGAAGCACCUGGGGGUCCCCGGUCACACCAGACCUGAGGGAGACUGGGACUCUGCCAAGGUCAGCGCCCUGCUCCGUGGACAGAGGACUCUGCUCCAGGACCUGCAAGAGAUGAGGGAUGCAGCUGCCCACGUGGUCUCCAAAGCCCAGCUCUUCUAUCUGCCUGUAGGCACCCAGCAUCAUUUCUUAGAGCUGGCCCAGAUCCUCAGCCUCCUGCAGAGGGACCUUCGGGCCCCAUUGAAAGCAGCAGCCAAGAACCCUCGCCCAUCUGGCCAACCCCCAAGGGCCUCCUCAUGCCUACGGCCCGCCAUCUUCUUGUUCUUCCUCCUCAUUCAGACUAUAGGCUUCUUCUGUUACUUGAACUUUGGUAGGCAGGAGCUGGGCAAGAGCCUUCAGGACUGUUUGUCCACAGGCAGCUCUCCUCUGCGUCCUGCACCACGCAUUCCUGGGGCCCUGGGGAUUCUGAGGAGGCAGACUCUCUCCUCCAGCAUACGCGCAUGACUCACCUCAAAGCCCUGAAGGAAUGUCACCAGGAGGUGGAUAGUGUUCAGGGGCUGAGGGUUUGGCUGGUACCUUCUCCCUCUGGGUGCCCAGCUCCUGCCCACACUUAGUUUGGAGGUAGUUCCAAUCUUA